AUGAGACUCUUCGAGAAGACAUUCGUCUUCGACAGUGACUGGGAGACUGUCACGUCGGCGUUCUGGGCCAAGUACCCCAACGAGCUGCAGCCCCAUGUGCUGCGUGUCGAUACACUCGACGUGGACAUCGACCCUGAGAAGAAAGAGUUCGCCACCCGACGUCUCCACUCUCUCAAGUACUCGGUUCCAAGAUGGAUGGAAUGUUUCUUCGGAGGCUCUUCUCCGGUCGGCUUCGGUCUCGAAGAGGCGUACUGCUCUCUCCCCGACAAGGUCCUCCACCUCAAAUCACGAAACUACACUUUUGCCUCGUUCUUCCGCGUUGACGAGGAGUGUACGUACACCCCCGAUCCGACGGACCCGUCGCGAACGGUGUACAAACAGACAGCCACCUACAAGGUGUUUGGCCUGGGAGCAGCGAUCAAUCGAGCUCUCGAGCGAGCAGCGGUGCGUUCGGCCGAAGAGAAGUCGAGCGUCGGUUUCUCUGUUGUGCAGUCGCGAGCUUCUUCUCUCGAGCAACAGGGCUGGUGGGGUCGACAGUGCGCUGCAUGCAUUCACUCGCUUGAGACCGCAGCCGCGAGCGCUACGCAGCACUACCGGGAUCUGGUCAAAAACUUGGAAGAGUCUCUGCAUCUUUCCCUGUCUCCGUCGUCUCCCCUCUCCUCUCCUCUCAGUCUGGAGCGACUCAGUCCCUCACCCCUGGUGGAGUCUUCCCUCUUUGCUGCAUGCGCCAUGUCUGCGUCGGCGAAACGCUUUCUGUCUCGUCCUUCUCCUCCGUUCGUCCUCUCUCGAAACGACUCUUCUUCUCUCUUCUCGCUCAAUUUGCCCUUCGGUCCUCUCUCCCUUCCAAGCCUUCCCUCUUCCUUAAAGGCUUUUUUACCUCCGUCCAGUUCUUCUCCUUCCUCUUCUUCCUCUCCUUCCUCUCCUCCGUCACCUUCUUCUUUGUCGUUGUCUGUGAACGCCUCGCCACCGGAGAGGGGAGUGUUUCGGAGCUCUGGGGACGUGGACUGCUUCUGUCUCCGUCCAUCUCCAGGCGGUCUCUUGCCUCGGAGCACGCUCGAGUGGAAUCGGACAUGGCGAGAAGAGAGGGAGAACGCGUCGCGGAGAAGAGCGGCAAUUCGGAACGACUCCGCCGUUUCCUCGACGCCGGAAGAAGAAGAAGGUCCAAGGCGAACUGACAGCGGGAGCAGCACGCAUGGCGCAGAACGAUCAAGAGAAGCAGAACGAGCGAAACAAAUGAAGAAAAUGACAGAUAAGCAGGUGACCGGACAGACGCCUCCAGAUAGGGUUUGCGUCUCUCCUGGGGAGGAGGCGAACGAACCGAGACUGCGUCGUGAUGGCGAGGUCGGAAAGGGAACUCAAGACGAUGAGAAACGAAUCGCAGUUCGCCAGCCUUUCCUCUUUCCGUCUUUGUGGGGCUCCAGAAGUCGACGACCCCCUUCCUAG